UCCAGCAAUCGACGGGACCACGACUUGCCCACUGGCGACAAACCCAGGGAUUCCAAGACACAGUCUGACGACGCGUCCGUCCGCAUCAAAGCAGAAGAUACCGAUGUCGAUAUGCCGGACGCUGAAUCUCGCCCAGAACCUGUCGCCGCAAGCGUUGAGACCGAGACCAGUGACAAGAGAGCGGCAACCGCGACCUCGUCAGAGAUAUCGCAUAAUCGGGCGAACACAGAGGGGCGACCUGAUAACGGCGAUGCAACAGACGACCGGGAGCAACCGGGCGAUGGUCAUCAAAGGAAAGAAGAAGAGCAGCGCGCAGAUCUAUCCAGCCAAAGAGAGAACGAGGACAAGAAGCGUAAGGAGGAGCUGGAGCGACAGCACCAGGAAGAGAUGCGGAAGCAGCGCGAAGCCGAGGAAAAGGCCCGCCGCGACGAAGAGGAGGCUAAGCGCGUCGAAGCCGCACGGAAGCGUAAAGAGGCAGACGAGCAAAAGCGCCGCGAAGAGGAGGAGCGGUUACAAAGGGAGCGGGAGGCUGCUGAGGAGGCUCGGCGUUUGCGUGAGGAAGAGGAGCGUCUCGAGCGCGAGCGUCGCGACAAGGCACACCGCGAAGAGGUGGAGCGCAAAGGAGCAGGAAGCUGCCCGCCUGGACAAACUUCCCCCGUUGUUGCGGUGGCUCGACACAUGCCCCAACCCAAAACUACCUGCGUUGGCCGACAAGUUCAGAACGCUGCAGGGAGUACGCUACGACACCAUCCGCCCAGAAUUCAACCAUACCGCGGAGGGUCGCGAGCAAUGGGUCCUGAACACCCACGCGGCGCUUCUACUGGGCGAGCAGGAUCUGAAUCUCACAAGAUACACUGACUGGCAGCGCGUCCCUGUCUCCAACCUUGCCAAAAUCACCCUCUGGCGGAUCGAGAGUCUCCUGUACUCGUUGUUGGACAAGAAGACUUGGGAACUGGGUCAGCAGUUGCCCCACUACUACGAAGGCGCAAGUCCUCUCUCAAUGUCCUUGCCAGCUCGGGAGAGGCUGCGGGAGGCUGCUUGGGAAAGAUUCCGCAACAUGGACUUGUUCUUUGUUCGGGUGUCCGAUUUACUGUAUACGAUACCCAACAUUCCUCAUUUGCGCAACACCAAGAUUGUGGUCACGUAUCGUGAACUGAUCGAGAACGAUACCCAACGACUAGGAUGGGUACCUGCGCAGAAGUGGAAGCAUGAUCCCGACGCGAAUAGAUACGGCGGAUUCUUCGCUCCGCGCAACAAGUACUAUAUCAACGGACGCCUCGUUGGCGAAGAUAUGCCACAGCCGGCGGAAACGAGCCCGGUACCGUUUCCCGAACAACCAGUACCUCGUCGGGGUCUGAUACAGGUGUUCCCUAGUGACCCGGACUAUACGCAGCGAUGUCUGGACCAGGGACUGGAGCAUCUCGUCAACAGGCCCAAGCAACAUCUGAUCCAUAAUGGGGUUCACUCGCCGCCUAUCAGCCAUCGGGCUGACACACCAAGCGCCGAUGCAGAGGACGAUGCACAUGCUGAGCCUCUCAACGAGUCGCGUUCAAUUAUGAACGGGCACAUCUCAAAUGGCCUCACUUCGAAUGGUCAUUGAUUAUUUUCUUCUUUUGUAUACGACGAGCAGGUCUGUCUACACAAGUAUUCCGCUGGGCACAGCUGAGGUUAGCUCGUCACUGUAGAGACAUCAGUGGCACAGCGAGUCCGGAAGGAUUUGGUGGGGUGGGGGGGAACGCAAUGGACGAGUUGAACGAUGCAUCUACUGUGGCGUUAUGGAAGCAUUCUGUCAAGAUACCUGUGGAGUUAUAGCAAGUGGCAUAGGAUCUCUUGAUGCAUGUGCAGGUGUCGUGAGUUUAAUUGACAGUCGUUCUGCAAGGAGCGGCUUAUUAACUUUAGGCUUCCUCCUCUUAUUGUGAGAAUGCGAACCCACCGCACACGGUGGGAUGCACUAACCGACUUUAAC